GGGGCGCAUGGCUGCCGUGAGGAUGCUGCUGGGCCUGCUGGCUGUGGCCCUGCUGGGCCUGAGCUCUGCUCACAACCUAGAGGAGGGUGUUUCUGAAGAAGCUCUUCAAGUGCUAGGGUCCCCUCAAGUGGAAGAGUCCCAGCUAUCAUAUGGAGAAUUGGAUGGAGAAGCACCAGCAGAAUCACAAGUCGUGCCCCCAAAGCAACCCAAAGGUCGGCUUGGCAAGAAGGGCAAAGGAGGGAAGAAAGGCCGCGGUGGCCCAACUGCCCAGGAAGACCAAGAUCAUUUACCAGGAAAGCAUCAGGGAGGCCAAGGUCGCCAGGGUGGUCGAGGUGGUCGAGGUGGUAAAGGUGUUAGAGGUGGCCAGAGUGGGAGAGGUGGCCAGAGAGGCCAGAGCCAGAGCUUUCCUUCUGCCCAGUGACGUGGAAACCCCUUUGGAGAUGGCCCCAGUGAUGCCCCAGAAAUCGAUGGAGAUCAACGGGUGAUCGUGGACUUUUCAACAGCGUAUACUUCUUUCCCUUUCCUUUCUCCACCUUCAAAACGUCAAUAAAA